CAUCUAACAAAUCCCCAGUGUACACUGCGCAGUUUCAUGCGCAAAGCUUGAAAGUAGCUUAUCCAAGCUCAUACAAUUUUGCAUAACCUGAGAGUUUGUUUACGAGUGUAGUGUUUGCACUGAUUUUACUUGAAGUGUCAAAUAAUAUUUAGUUUAAAUUGGACAAUGAUUAUGGCUAAUAACGUAAUUAGUUCAAAGGAAAUCUAUAAAAGAAAUAGUUUAACUCUUCAAGAUCGUCUUCAAAUUUUAAAACGACUAGGAAAUGGAGAAAAUGCCACACAACUAGCAGACGAAUUUAACGUUGCAAAGUCUACUAUAUCCAAUAUUAAAAAAAAUAAAAAUGAUAUACUAGAACGAAAAAAAAUAUUAGAAACAUGCGGUGGAAGUUUAGAAAAAAGAAGAUUCAGAGGAAUUGAAGACAGUGCACUGGAGAAAGCUCUAUUUGAUUGGGUUUGUCAGCAGAGAAGCAAAGGAGAUCCCAUAAGUGGUCCUAUUCUUCGAAAGAAGGCACUAUAUUUCAACAAGAUUCAAGGGGGUUCUGACGAUUUCAAAGCAAGUGCUGGUUGGUUGUCUCUAUUUAAAAAAAGACAUGGAAUUGGGUGUCAGUUUGUCCAAAGAAAGAGAGCUGUCAAAAUGUCAGGAAUAGUGCAGUAUGUUGUAGUCAGAGGCGACUUGAUGAAAUCAAUGGGAUGGCCUGUUGGAGCAGUGAUAGCUCAAGCUUGUCAUGCAUGUACAGCAGUUACACAUCUUUUUUAUGACGAUCAGUAUACAAAAGCGUACCUAGAAGACCUGGAUAAUAUGCACAAAGUGGUUUUAGAGGCGCCGGACGAGAAAAGCUUAAACGAUUUGCACACAAAGCUGGCGGAAGAGAAAGUACAUCAUAAGCUUUGGAUCGAACAACCAGAAAAUAUUCCAACAUGUUUAGUAGCUAAACCAUAUCCAAAAGACGUCGUACAAAAAUAUUUUAAAAAAUUCAAACUUUUUAAAAAUUAAUAGUUGAUGAGUAAGUGAAGUAAAUGGUGUGAUAUUAUUAUUGAAAGGAGCAUUUAUUAUUUAUCCUCAUAAAGAAUCACUAAUAAAUUUUUUAUUAAACAUCAA